AUUUAUAAAAAUUUAAUGGUGGUGUACGGUUCGUUCAGCUCGCAGCGCGUUGCAACGUCUCGAUUUGUUGGCCAGUGAAAAAUACAGAAAAUUCAGAAAAUACAUAAGCAAGGCAGAGAGACCCAAUAAAAUUGUAUUAUGCAUAGCAAUUGUUGUCUCGCGUCCCCGUGCAAUACACUGUGACUACAAAAUAUCAAGAGAGAAAAACAACAAACAAAAAUAUAUCUCAAAAACAGCGCGUCGCGUCUAAAAUUGCAAAUUGCAAUAAAGUCUGAAACGUGAAGAAUACAAAGCAGAGGAAAGCGCAGUGUAAAAAACAGCAAUAUUUGAAAAAAAGCGGCAAAAUCACAAAUCACAAAACUAUAACAGAAAACAACAAAACAUACUACGAUAACAACAACAACAGCUACAGCUACAAUUGAGAAAAUAAUAAAAAAAACGUACGUGUUGCAAGCAUUAAUUUCUCAACCCCAUUAAGCAAGCUCACAACAAAUAUUUUUGCUGCAACAACUAAAUACUACCGCUAAGCAACAGUAUUUUCGCUCAACAUUAAAAUAAUAUUACUAAUCAUACAAUACUAAUAAUUUAAUGCAAAAUCUAUAUAGCAGUGAUUAUAUGUUGCAUUUUUGAAAUAAAUAAAAAUAAAAAAAACCUAAAACAAUAAUCAAGACAAACCACAAGAGACGAAGAUUUGAAAAGAACGCAGCGAGCUUAAGCCAACAAAGUAAACGUAGUACGAUUAGUAAAAGACACCACCAAUUUAAUUUGAACAGAGAUUAAGCAAUCACAAUAAAUACACAAGAAAGACAUACAAAUAUAUAUGUAUUAGCCAAAAACUCGAAUCGAUGUCUGUGUGCAUUAUAUUUUAAUCAUACAUGUACAAUAUACUCUACAAACAAGUAUAUUUACAACAUAAGCCAUCAAAUUGCAGCUAAAAGACAAGUAGUAGGAAAAAAGAGAACAAAUCGACCGCUAAAUCGGUCAACAUUUUGCUGAACAGCAUAUUCAUAUAAAAAGACAAAAGUCAAACAAAACAUAAAGAAAAUGGAGGACAAUAACACAAGCGGCAGUGCGAGCGGUGCGCCCAUCAAACUCGAGGAUCCAUCGGUGACACUCACAAUAAGGCUGAUUAUGCAAGGAAAGGAAGUUGGUAGUAUUAUUGGGAAAAAGGGUGAAAUUGUCAACAGAUUUCGUGAAGAGUCUGGUGCCAAAAUUAACAUUUCGGAUGGCUCAUGCCCGGAACGCAUUGUAACGGUAUCUGGCACAACAAGCGCAAUCUUCGCGGCAUUUACGCUAAUUACAAAGAAAUUUGAAGAGUGGUGCUCGCAGUUCAAUGAUGUUGGCAAAGUUGGUAAAACUCAAAUACCCAUUCGAUUGAUUGUGCCGGCCAGUCAAUGUGGAUCGUUAAUUGGCAAGAGUGGCUCAAAGAUUAAGGAAAUACGCCAAAAUACAGGCUGCUCCAUACAAGUGGCCAGCGAAAUGUUGCCAAACUCCACGGAGCGUGCAGUUACCUUGAGUGGCAGCGCUGAGCAGAUCACCCAAUGUAUCUAUCAGAUAUGUCUUGUCAUGUUGGAGUCUCCGCCACGCGGUGCUACCAUACCAUAUCGACCAAAGCCGCAAGUAACUGGGCCAGUCAUCUUGGCCAAUGGACAGGCCUUUACCAUACAGGGCAACUAUGCGGUGCCCACACAAGAGACUUGUCCAGUAUUUCCACUGGCCUUGGCUACCGGUGGUCUACAUGCUGGUAUUUCAGGCUUAGCGGAUCCUUUGUUAAAGGGGGCACAUUUACAAGGAGCGGUACCAGCACACCACCAUCACCUACAGCAAAUGCCCGAUGUUUCUAAGAAUCCAUUGGCCAGUUUGGCCGCCUUGGGCCUUGCCGGCAUGACGCCAGCCAGCACUGGUGGCAUAAAUCACACAGCUCUGGCUGCCUUGGCAGGGUCACAGCUGCGUACGGCCAAUGCGAAUCGGGCACAGCAGCAGCAGCACGAGAUGACAGUAUCGAAUGAUUUGAUUGGCUGCAUCAUUGGCAAGGGCGGCACCAAAAUAGCGGAAAUACGUCAGAUCUCCGGCGCCAUGAUACGCAUCUCCAACUGCGAGGAGCGCGAGGGCGGCAACACUGAUCGCACCAUCACCAUCAGUGGCAAUCCGGAUUCGGUGGCAUUGGCCCAAUACUUAAUCAACAUGAGAAUAUCAAUGGAGACCGCUGGACUGCCCAUACCUGGUUAUCAUUAUAUCGCACCAAGUGCAAUUGUUAAAACGCCCAUACACUAAGUGCAACUACAACAAAGAACAAAGUAAAAAACGAACAGCAAACUGCAAACAACAAACAACAGCAACAAACAGCAAAAGCAAAAGCAACAACAGCAACAGCAACAACAUCAACAUGAACAAAUCGAAUGCAGCGAGGGACUGGAGCCGAUAAACUGUAUCAACUGACAACAGAUAGCAGAUAACAGAUAGUAUGAUCGAUUGAUCGUCAAAUGUUAAGUUAUAAGCAAUAAGUGAGGAGUAAAGAGUAAAGAGUAAAGAAAAGCAUAAACACAGAAAGCAAACAAAUCAUAUGACAAGGUCAAAUCACAAGAAGAUGAGCAUAAGGCAUAUGUAGACGUCAUAUACACAACGUUCACACACAGACAUGUAAGAAUACAUACACGUUAUAUUUAUUCAUUGAUUCUUAUUAAUUAUGAUAUUUUUUAUUAAGUUUAAAAGGAAAAACAAAAACGAAAACAAAAACAAAAAACCAGAGAAAAUAAAUGAACUUUAUGUUAAAACCGUUUUCGGGUGCGCUACUUCAAUGUAUGCGCUCCCUCACCGUAAGAACAGAACAGCAAUUAAUUGUAAGCUUAGUCAAAAUGAAGACAAAUGCAACAAAGCAGAAAACAAAACAAGCAAAAAACUAAAAACAAUAAUAUUAACCAACAAUACAGCAAAGUAAAUGAAAAUUUCGAAAUGCAGUUAAAUUUUAAGCCAAGCAAUUGUGCAUGCGCAUAACCAAAAAAACAAAAAAAUAAAAAACAAAAAAAAACAAAA